AUGAAUACCCUCUUCAUAAUUUCUAUGUUCCUUGUCCCUAUCUUCCUUCUCCUUACCAAGGGAAGAAGAUCAUCAAAAAGGGUUCCUCCAGGUUCACUGGGAAUUCCCAUCAUAGGCCAUAGCCUACACCUUCUUCGAGCUAUGAGAGCCAAUACUGCAGAAAAAUGGCUUCAACAAAGAAUACAAAAAUAUGGUCCGAUAUCAAAGUUAAGCCUCUUUGGCAAACCAACAGUUUUCAUAUAUGGAAAGGAUGCAAACAAAUUUGUGUUCACCAGUGAUACCAGCACUCUCUCCAACAGUCAAACACAAUCUGUCAGGGCACUUUUGGGGGAUCGAUGUUUGCUGGAACUCAGUGGCCAAGAUCACAAGGGUGUCAGGGAUGCAAUUGGCCUGUUUUUGAAUCCUGAAUCGCUGAAGCGGUAUGUGGGAAAAAUGGAUGAGGAAGUAAGGAUUCAUAUUGAGAUGCAUUGGCAAGGCAAGCAAGAGGUUAAGGCCCUGCCCUUGAUGAAGACACUAACAUUCAACAUCAUUUGCACCCUUCUGUUUGGAAUCGAACGAGGAGCUAGAAGAGAGAAACUUGUGGAUUGGUUUCAAGAAAUGAUCGAGGGGAUGUGGUCAACGCCCAUUAACUUUCCCUUCACACGAUAUAACCGCAGCCUUCAGGCAAGUGCUGGGAUUCGAAAGAUGGUGAACGAUUUCAUAGACGAAAAGAGGUUGAAACUUGCACAGAAGGAUGCUACUAAUCCGCAGCAAGACCUGAUCACUUGCAUGCUUAGCGCUCGUGAUGAAAACAAUAGAGAAGUGAUAACUGAGAAGGAGAUUGUGGACAAUGUUAUCCUUGUUAUGACUGCAGGACAUGACACUUCAUCUAUUCUGAUAACUUUCCUGAUCCAACUUUUAGCUAAUGAACCUUCAGUUUAUGCAGCUAUUCUAAAAGUAUUAUCUUUUUGUUUUGCAGAACAAGAAGAGAUCGCGAAUAGCAAGCCCAAGGGAGAACUCUUAACUUGGGAGGAGCUUGCUAAGAUGAAGUACACAUGGAGAGUAGCACAGGAAACCUUGAGAAUGUUCCCUCCUAUCUUUGGUGGCUUCAGGAAAGCUGUGAAAGAUAUAGAAUACGAUGGAUACCUUAUUCCUGAAGGAUGGCAAAUAUUCUGGGUUACAAAUAUGACCCACACGGACAAUACCAUAUUCCCAGAACCAUCGAAAUUUGAUCCGAGCAGAUUUGAAAACCAAGUUUCAAUUCCACCUUACUGCUUCAUUCCAUUUGGAGGGGGCCCUCGGAUGUGUCCAGGAUAUGAGUUUGCAAGGAUUGAAACCCUAGUUACAAUCCAUCAUCUCGUCACUCAGUUUACAUGGGAGUUGCUGGCUGACAAUUUUUUCAAAAGGGAUCCAAUGCCAGUUCCAACUAAAGGAUUACCAAUCCAAAUCGUGCAGAAGCCAAAUGUAACAUCCUAG